AUGAUCCAAUUUUCAGUCUCUGAGUCGGUAUUCUUCGUUCCCGUUUUAACGCCCCUACUGAAAGUCCCAGAAAAAAAAAAAAAAAAAAAAACAAACAAAAUUGGAAGGAAAACCGGUGGACCACAAAUUCUCCAAACGAAAACAAUCCACACCGCACAAAAAUCCAACAAAUUCAGUUUGUACGUAUUUUUUCGCCAUUCCUCACUCAAACUCCUCGUUAAAUUCGCGCCCGUAAAAACAGAAUAGACCAACUCGCGCAGCCUCCUUCAUUUUCUUCUUCUGCUGAGCUCUGGUUUCUGGUUUCUGGCUCUUCUGAUUUGGGUUCUUUCUAUUGUUCUUCUUUCUUUUCGGGUUUGUUUAUUGGCUGUUUGCAUUAAUGAGUGAGCAAAACGAGAAAGAAGAUUUGUUUUUCUUGGAGGGGGAAGAAGAACAAGACGACGAUGUAGAAGACAACAGGACUGAUAGUGGCAGUAGCAGUGGCGGCAGUAGAAGUAAUAGCAUUCGAUCUGAGGGAGACGAGGGAGAGCUCGUUUUUAGUUCUCAGCAAUGGCCUCAGAGUUACAGGGAGACAAUGGAUUCUUACACAAUCACUGCUUCGCCAAUAUUUGGAGCCCUCGGACGAGCUCCAAAUCUUAUAUAUUCAAGCUUUGAAACUAGCAGCAAAACUAAUUUGGAACAGGAUGCAAAGAUCCCUUUACUCCCUGAGCAAAAAGAAGAUGUGGAUAGAAUCUCGGUAACACAGUCAUCUUGGUUACAGAAAUCUUCAUUCCACAAGCAACUAACUGGAGAGCUUCCCAUUGGUCAUGGAUGUAGCAUGACUCAAACUAUUUUUAAUGCUAUGAAUGUAAUGGCUGGAGUUGGUCUGCUUUCUACUCCUUACACAGUGACACAAGCGGGCUGGGCAAGUUUGGUGGUGCUACUUAUUUUUUCAGUUGUAUGCUGCUACACUGCAGCUCUUAUGCAAUACUGCUUUGAAAGCAGAGAAGGCAUUAUAACAUACCCAGACAUUGGAGAAGCUGCUUUUGGUAAAUAUGGAAGAAUCUUCAUAUCUAUUAUUCUUUACUCAGAAUUAUAUUCAUGUUGUGUUGAAUUCAUUAUUUUGGAAGGGGAUAAUUUGACCAGGCUAUUCCCAGGAGCAUCCUUGGAUUGGUCUGGUUUACACCUAGACUCAGUGCAUUUGUUUGGAAUUUUAACUGCUCUCAUUAUUCUGCCCACUGUUUGGCUGAGGGACCUUCGUGUGAUCUCAUUCAUUUCAGCUGGUGGCGUCUUAGCUACAAUUUUGGUAGCUUUUUGUUUAUUACUUGUUGGUACUACUGAUGGCAUUGGCUUUCAUCAAACUGGUCCACUGGUGAACUGGAGUGGCAUUCCAUUUGCCAUUGGUGUUUAUGGGUUUUGCAACUCCGGGCAUUCUGUGUUUCCGAAUAUAUAUCAAUCAAUGGCUGACAAAACCAAAUUUACGAAAGCACUCAUAAUAUGUUUUCUUUUGUGCAUUUUACUCUAUGGAAGUGUUGCAGUCAUUGGAUUUCUCAUGUUUGGGCAAGCCACGCUUUCGCAGAUAACAUUAAAUAUGCCAAAGCACUCUUUUGCUUCAAAACUUGCAGUUUGGACAACAGUUAUCAACCCGUUCACUAAAUAUGCACUGAUGAUAAACCCAUUGGCUAGGAGUAUAGAGGAACUAUUACCAGCCAGAAUUUCGAGUGGUUUGUGGUGCUAUGGUCUUCUGAGAACAGCACUUGUGGUGUCUACCGUUUGUGCUGCUUUCCUUCUUCCCUUAUUUGGUCUUGUGAUGGCUUUAAUGGGUUCUGUCCUCUGUAUACUGGUGGCAGUAAUAAUGCCCGCAGUUUGUUUCAUAAAAAUCGUGGGGAAAAAUGCUACAAGAACACAGAUUGUUUUGAGUGGCUUAGUUGUUGCUUUCGGCGUUGCUUGUGCAUUCCUGGGAACCUAUUCUUCCUUGACAGAGAUUGUUAAGAAGUACUGAAGACAAUUUUUCCAUUAUAUUGUUAAGACCUUAAAAAUAAAGAGAAAAUUUUAUAGAGAAUCAUGGAUAGGAAGGUAGAACUUAGUCUCUUCUCUUUGCAGAAACUCAUGGAUUGGCAGAUAAAAACCAGUUUCUCCAUUGUUAUGGCCUUAAAACAAUGAGAAAAAUUAUAGCGGCUCAUGGAUUGAAAGCUAGAAA